AUGGGUCGUGCUCAAUCCGCCGGGGGAUCAAGCCAAGCCACGGACGAUGGUGAACCAAGCCACAUUGGCGUCGAAAAUGGCGCAUACGACGACUUUGACGCUGUAAAACGCGAAGACUCGACGGACUCGAUCAUCAAAGAAAAACAAAAAGAUGCUCAGAGAAUCGAAAAAUUUGAAAAGGAUAGAUCUAUCCUCGGUAAAAUUGGAAAUGGCUUUCGAAGUCUUUGGGCCACACGGCUCACCGAAAAGGACUUGUCAGAUAAUCCCGAUAAGUAUGCAAAGACGACGAUUCGCGAGUUGAUCCUCUAUGUCAUCUUUCUCGUGAACAUCAUCAUCAUGACACUCGGAAACACCUCGACAACACACUUUUUCUUCACAAAUGUUCUCCAAAAACUGUUCGUCUCGAGCGGUCCCCAGACAUGGGAAGGCAUGAAUCAAAUGGAUCAGUUCUGGGAUUACGCUGAAAACUCGCUCGUCGACGGUCUCUACUGGGAGCACUGGUACAAUGGAGAAGCCAUUCCUGAAGAAGAUACUGGAUACAUCUUUUUCGAGAACAAGCUUCUCGGAGCUCCUCGAAUUCGACAGAUAAAGGUCCGAAACGAUUCUUGCACUGUUCACCAAGAUUUCAAAGAUGACAUUUUGGCCUGCCACUCGAAUUACGGCAAGAACUCGGAGGACAAGGAGCCGUUUGGGGCUUUCGAUCAAGACUGUCAAGCUGCGGGGAAGUACAAUUCUGAUUGUCCAUGGGCCUGGCGAUCCGAAGAUGAGCUUGGAGGACGAACUUACAAAUCUGACAAGCUCGGGUUUACCUAUCCCGCUUCUGGAUAUACAAAAGACCUUGGACGAAAUAAAACGAAAACAACCGAGAUUCUCCAUGAUCUGAAGAAAGAUCUGUGGAUCGACCGAGGAACACGCGCACUCUUCAUUGACUUCACCGUUUACAACCCGAACAUCAACCUAUUUUGCGUCGUAAAGCUCGUCGCUGAGUUCCCUGCAACUGGUGGCGUCAUCACUUCGCAGAAAUUCAGCACCGUCAAGCUCCUCAAACUCAAAGAAGGAUAUGACUACUUUAUUCUCGCCACGGAGAUCAUCUACAUUGCUUUCAUCGUAUACUACUGCGUCGAGGAAUUUUUGGAAAUCAAGAUCCACAAGGGCGCUUAUUUCAAAGGAUUCUGGAAUAUCGUCGACGUCAUCGUCAUAUUCCUGUCUCUCUGCGCUUUCUCAUUCUAUUUGUACCGACAUACUGAGAUCGAAAACAAACUCGAUGCUCUCAUGAAACAAGAAGACUCAUAUGCUGACUUCCAAUCUUUGGCGUAUUGGGAAGGAGUCUACAUGUACGUCAUGGCGAUUGUGGUUUUCCUCGCCUGGAUUAAACUUUUCAAAUACAUCAGCUUUAACACAACUAUGAAUCAACUUUCCGAAACUCUUUCUCGUUCGGCGAAGGAUGUUGGGGGAUUUAUGAUCAUGUUUCUGAUCGUUUUCCUUGCUUACACUCAACUGGGAUUCUUGAUUUUUGGAAGCCAAGUCGAAGAUUUUAGCAAGUUCGACAAGUGUGUCUACACGCUCUUCAGAAUCAUCCUCGGUGAUUUCAACUUUCACCAGUUGGAGAAUGCCCACAAUAUUCUCGGACCCGUCUUUUUCAUUACCUAUGUGUUCUUCGUUUUCUUCGUCUUGCUCAACAUGUUCUUGGCCAUCAUCAACGAUACAUACUCCGAAGUCAAGGAAGACUUGGCCACGCGAAAAUCUGAAUUCGACCUUGGAGCUUUCAUCAAAAAGGGCUACAAUGGCAUGCUCACAAAACUCAAACUUCGCAAAGACCGACUCAAGGACAUUCAAGAUGCCCUGGACUCAGCUGACACGAACAAUGAUGAUCAAGUCGACUGGGAUGAGUGGCGCUCUGACCUUAAACUUCGGGGCGUGCCCGACGCUGAGAUUGAAGCAGUCUUUGCCAAAUAUGACAAAGAUGGGGACAUGGUUCUUAACAAAGAGGAACGAAACAGGCUCCGCGCUGACCUACUCAAGCAGACAGCGGAGAUCAACGACGAGAUCGAUGAUGUUAAGGAUCGACAAGAAGUUGGAGAAGCUCUUGGCUUCGACAUGCACCAGCCAGAAAAUCAUGGAUUCGCAUCCGAUUCGAAUCCACUUGCCAACGAGCUGAUGCUUGAAAAACUUAACAAGAUGUUUGUCUCCAACGAUGAAUUCACGAUUCUCUCCCGUCGUGUCGAUCGACUCGAGCAUCAUGUUUCUAAAAUUGCUUCAAGAAUCGACUCAAUUGUCAACAAAAUUGAGUCCUUUGAUAAGCUCAAAACUCGCGAAAGCUCGGCCCGUUCUGACCUCUUCAGCAACCUUGGCCAGCAAUAA